AAAACACGUGGUGACGUCACAGGACUAUCCCAGUGGAAUGAAGGUCACGCGAUGUAAACAAACAGGCUGCAGUGUUGGACGAAGAAAUGCACUCUACUUUGUGGAAUAUUACCGUCGAUUGGUGAUUAAUUCACGUUUUUAAGUUUUUUUCCUCAAUGGAAGAUUUUGUAUGAUUUACAUAUUACUCGUGAGGCUUGACGAUCUGUUUUCUGGGAGUUUCAGAAUUUGUAAACAUACCGCGGUCACGUGUAUUUCAACUGCCAGAUAUCGCUGUGGUUUUUCGAGGUCAAUAACGUAACUGACGACAUAGACUUAGAGAUAACUGCCUAUCGCUACCUGAGCUAAUUACUGAACCCACUGCCUGUGGGACCGACAGCUGUGUAGGCGAGCUAACACAGAUAGAAGUGCCACUUUUAUCACUAGUCUACAAAAUGAAGCUAAUUACAUUUGGGUUUGGUGCACUUGUGUGACUCCCCGUCAUGAUUUCCAGCCCAUUGAUACGGAGGGUCACAGCCCGGACAUAAGUGCUACUGGACCGAUAGGCGAAUAGCGAUUUUCUUCUGUACUACAUUGUUAAAGGAGAUAUGCAAAGGUGAAAAUGGAGCCAAUAAACAAUGGCUUGACCAGAUUGACAGAGUUAUGUCCCUUGUAAAUAGACUACAUGAGGAGUCCACACAUAUGUCAGAGGAACAGAGAACUGUUGUCGCAAUAUUGGAAACACAUGCUGUUAAUCUUUGGAAUAUAGCUGUAGCUCUGAAAACCAAAGAUUCGCUCCCUGUUUUAGUAAAUGCAAAAUUGAGACACGUUGCCUUUCUUUUGGUGGACUGUUCUACAUCCUCUGCAUUCAAUGAAAAUACAUGGAAAAAGAAAAUUGUGAUGGGAAUGAAGGCAGGUAGGGCAUGGUUAGAUAGCAAAGACCCUGUGAUGGCUGAUCAAGUCUUCCUCCUAACAGAUCAGUUUGUAGCCUCAGUACAGAAAGCUAUUGUGGAGAGAAAGAAUGAUGGAGUUGCUACUGAAGCGGUAGAUAAACAGAAGACAGAAGUACUACAGGAUGUGUUUAAACUGAUGUGCUACAAAUCAGAGGCAGCACUAGCUCAACAAAACCAACAGAAGGCCCUAGAUCUGGUACUGCUGGCAAAGGAAAUGCUGCCAAACUUUCCAAAUGAGGGUGGCUACCUUUCCAUGCUGUGUUAUAAUUUUGGAGUGGACAUGUACCAGCAGCAAAAGUAUGAGCAAGGUGUCAUGUGGCUGAGAGAGAGCUUUGAGUUAGGCAAAGUUCGACAAACUAUUGGAUCCCGAAAUCAGGCACGCACAUUGAGGUUGCUAGCCAAUGCCUACUUAGAGUGGAAUGCCAAAGAACAUUGCCAGAAAGCUUUGAAUGCUGUGACAUUGGCCAACACAGAACAUCCACACCCAGCUGGUUUCUAUUUAAGUCUGCGAGUGCUGCUAUUUAUUGGAGAGGAUGAUGGAGCGAUACAGAAAGCCAUUGAAGACAUUCUGCAUCAGUCUGAUGUGACAGUUGACCUUGGACUGAAUGUUGUACAGCUAGUGUCUCAACAUAACAGGACUGAAAUUGCCAUGGAUGUGACUAAGAUUUUGUUGAAGACCUUUGCUACAUCCCCGGAUGUAGGACGAAUCAUUGUCAGUCAGCUGGAGUUACUGAUACAGAUGGGAAAGAUCAGAGAAGCCAAAGACUUUGUGGAGGAAUCUAUUACUGCUCACAAUACUGGAAAGCCAUUAGAUGCUACAGUGAAGAAAAGGUUUCACCUGACACUAUGGGAGCAGGCAGCUGUAGCAUUUGAGGCAAAAGACUACCAGGAAUCACUGGAGUGGUAUAACUACACCUUGAGUCUGUUCUCUCACUCAGAUAUUGAGGCACACAAUCUGGCCAAAUUAUACAGGAAUAGAGCAUCUUGUUACUUGCAUCUGGAGCAGAGGGACAAGGCAUUUGAGUCAGCUGAGCAGGCAGAGAGAUGGGAGCCCAGGUCUGUCCAUACUCAGUUCAUCCUCUAUAAAGUCUCUCUGGCUGGAGCAGAUGUCAACACAGCGAAAUGUGUACUGCAGAAGAUGUGUGAGAUGGUAGCCAGCUCUGACCUUGGGGAUGACAGUACAGAUGCACAUAGCAUCAUGUGUCUGGCAGCACAGAUGGCAUUUGAGGAGAAUCAUCAAGUUGUGGCAUCCCAAGCACUAGAAUGUGUUGCAAACAGCUGCUCUGACCCCUGGCAGGUCCUGACAGCUCUACGCUGUCUCGUCAGACUCAAGCUAGCCUCUCCAGAAAAAGAUCAAGAGACAGAGCCUUCCAACAUUGACAGAAACAUCCAAACUGCUUAUCACAAAUUACUUCAGCUUCAAAAUGAAAGCAAAGAAAACCAGAAUCAGGUUCAAAAUGAAGCAAGUUGGUUCAUCAAAAUAGCUUGGAACCUAGCCUUACAGUGUGAUGAGAGUCCACAACGAAUGAAGACACUCUUCUCUCUCUGCCAACAGUUGUCGUCGCUAUGUCCUCGUGACGACAAUAAUCUGACGAGACAGAAGACUUGUAUGCUGAUGGCGGCUGCUGCUGCUCUACAGGUGGCCAGGGUGUCAGAAGACGAGGCACAAAAAAGGUAUAAUCUGGAGGAGGCCUUGCAGCAUGUAAAGAACUGUAGACAACUGAUCAACCAGCUACAACAAAACACAUUGAUCUCCACAGAAAACAAGGGGAAGGACUCCACCGAGACCCUGCUAUUGUUAUACGAGUUUGAGGCCCAGGUCAAACUCAACGACCCCAUGUCAGAACAAACCCUGGAACAAGUACUACGCCUUCCUAACCCAGAUCCAAAGACUUUUGAGACACUGGCUGCCCUAGCAAUGGAACCCCCAGCUCAAAACAAGAAUGUUAGUGUUAGAGCAAUCAAAGUGGCUAUCAGGAAACACCUACAGCUGCCUCAGCCAGACUUCAACAAGUGCAGUAAGCUGUUCCAUAGCCUGGUACAGCUCUCUCUGUCAGGUGAUUCUGGGACUAGAGAGGAGGCACUUACAUACUACACAGAGGUCAUAGAGGUCAUAGAUAAAAGGUCACAGGGUCAGUAUCCAGAGAUGGAGAUCCUCUGGCUGAUGACAAAGGCAUGGAACUGUGGCAUCAACUUUUACAGUUCAGGGCGAUGUGACGAAGCUGAGAGGUGGUGUAGCACCAGUCUUAAACUUCUCAAGUACCUUGACACCAUGAGGGACAACUACGAGGACCAUAUGAAUAACACCUACAGCCAGAUCUUGGCGAGGAUGGAGAGAUUGGGAACACGGAGUCGAGGGAAAAGUCUGGAGGAGUAGAUUCAUCACCUCUAUAUCAAUAUUCCCAAUCCAAUACACACGAGUCCAGUAGAAUUAUGGUUCAUUGGCAGACUAUCUGCAUAGCUAUAGUUAUACACUGAAUGGACCAGACAUCUUUGGUUAUAUGCAAGUCAGAAGAGCUGUUAAAGAAACUCUAAUUGUUAAUUUAGAAGGAAGCAAUUUGUUAUUGUUAAGUUUUAAUUAUUUAAUCUGUGUAAGAAUUGUGAAUUUGAUUUAUAAGUUACUGUUAUAAAUGUCAUCAUUCAUUAUGUACUAAAAUUAUGCUUUUACAGGUUUUUUGAGAAUA